AUGCGUUUACGUAGGAAAAAGGGCGCAACUGUAUAUGAGACACAAGAGAACGUUCCUCUCUUCCACUUGGCACAUGUGAUAUCUGUCGCCUUCCAAUCCCCCAAUAUGAAUUUUCAGGAUGAUUCUCAUAUUUUAUCUCGAUUAGGAAUUCUCGAUUCAAAAGACGAAAGCCCACGCAAAAUAAAUCUUUCCCCAAAAAAGACAAACUCGCCACUUCCAUCUGAAAAAGAUCGGUUUGUUGAAGUCAGCAUAGAUGGUGCAACCGAUACAAAGUCCGAGUCCGAUGAUGACAUUUUCGAUCGAAACUCUUUGCUUUCUCCAAAUAAAGGUGUCAAGAUUUAUCGGAGAAAACAUGAUUCAUCCAUUUGCGUCUACUUAGUUCUUCUAUUGACUUACCUUGCUGUGGGAGUUAGCUGUCCGACGCUAUGGAUUGCUCCUCAAUCUGGGAAGAACAUUCCGUAUAAUUUCCUAUUUGAGAACAGUAUUGGAUUGUUAGUUGGUUGUUUAGUUGGAAAAUUUCUUUGUCAACGCUUAAAUCUUGUGUUUCUGUCAUUCUUUGCAACAGCAUCUCUCUGCAGUCUGUCUUGGAUUGCUUUCGAAUUUCCUGUGACCUUUGAUGGAAGGGUUGUCAGCUGUUUGAUUAGUUUCAUCUCUGGAAAUAUCUUAUAUGUUGGCCUAGCGCUAUGGUUAGUGAAGUGGCGUGGCUACAACAGAAAAGCCCUCUUUUUCUACGUGCUCAUCGCUUUAGGAUCUUCCAUUGUUACUGUGACUCGCAACGAGCCAACACUUAGUCAAGACAGUCUUGGGUUGCUGUCUCAUUCAGCAAUUCUCCACAAACGACAAGCGGAUACUCUGAUUUCCGAUAACUCAUCAAUUAUCAUCUCUGUUUCGUCGAAGGAAGUCACAUCACCCAAACCUCGAAAACCUCACGUAGUGGAAGGAAUAAAAACGGUUGAGACGAAGUCGGAACAGAACGAACAGAUGCGCAAGGCUGCAGCAUCCAACAAAACACAAACGGCGACUUCCAGCCCUUCCGAUAACUCAACAUUGAGUUCUCUGAAUGUUCCAAACGACGUGCAAAUUCCUGAAAGCACCUUUACUUCGGGAUUGCUGAUUUCACCGACUACCAAGGUUGCAGUCACUGCAGUCACUAACACUGCUCAUGUUACUGAAAGCAGUGGACACACAUCUACAACAUCCAGUCCAUCUGGCUUGGAUCCACUGAAUCCAAGUCAUGUAAAUAUUCGCAUGAUCACUAUUGCAACCACGACUGCGGUCGCCUUUUACAUCAUCGGUUCUGUUUUCUGCUGUAUACCUUGCAGUAUAGUUAACGAUCUUAAAUAUUUGAGAUUGUUUGAUCCAUCCGUUGCUGGUCUUACUGCUGGCUGUCGGAUCCGUGUUGCAUCGUUACAAAUUACUGCCUCAUUUUUGGAAGGUCUCGUUGAACUAGUUGCUUUGGCUUUAUCUCAGCAGCAGAAUACAGCUAAUCUUCUUAUUUUGCAUCACAUCGGCGUUUUCGUUUCAAGAGCUGUGAUUAUGAUUUCGGAUUCGAUUGCUUAUUCUUUGUUUGGAUGCUGCACUGCUUUGUUGUGUUCAUCGCUAGGGAGCGUUCUGCUUCUGAUGGUUUCGGCUGAUUCAUCUUUUGGCUCUGCUCUUGUAUCUAUAGGCACAGGAACGAUAGGAUUGUUAGUGUUUUUCCACAUAGAGGUACGCUUGAGUCCUCGUGGUGGUACACAGCUAGACUACUUUACCUUCCCUUCAAUAAUUGGACGAUGCUUGUGCGCAGCUUUUGCCACGUUGUUGCCAUCUGUCGAUGCGAAUCAGAUGAUUGGUGUGAUUCUACUUGGUAAUGGACCCCUGUUGGUGAUAUUUGUGCUGCUCGAGAAAUCACUUCGGAAGGCGGCCAGGCUAAAGGAGAUAAUGGAGUAUUCAAGCUCUCCCGUAUUAGAGGCUGUUGGGGAGUAUGUUUCUCUUAUAGAAAGGGAUAUGGAAUACGAUUCUAACGAAGAAGUAGAUAAAUGCGAUGGUCUCACUAGCUGA